UCGAUGUGUUCAACUGCUGUCUCUGGAUUGCCACUGCAAAUGGAAAUACAGCAAAGGUCCACCGAGUCUAUCAAAGACCACGUUCUAAAAGAGACAGAAGCUCUUCAGAGUCCGCCUUCACAUCAGGCAGAGUCAGUGCUUCUGUGUUCAGGAGACAUACAGCCUUCAGUCAACAUUGGAAUGGUUCAGUUAUUACACUUACCUGCAGCUCAUUCCCAGAGCUCCUCUGCUCCUUACAGCUGCCAACUGCAAAUUGGAGGACAAAACGAUGUGGGGAUGACUGGUUUAGAGAGUGCACAGCCUAAUGUUCUCCUCCUUCCUUCAGGACUCUCUUCCAUAAUCCUUCAGUGGCCAUUUGCAGGGUGCACUCUUCCUACUUUCUCAAGUGACCACACAAUUCUCAGUGUCCCUCAAGACCCUGCAAUUCCCACUGUCCAUAAUAACCGUGCGAUUACCAGUGUCUCCAGUCACUCCUCAAUUCCUACCAUCUCCAGUGAACCUGUGAUUCCCAGUAUCUCCAGUGAAUUCUCAAUUUCUACCAUCUCCAGUGAGCCUGUACAUCCCAGUGUCUCUAGUGAAUCCUCAAUUCCUACCAUCUCCAGUGAACCUGUGAUUCCCAGUAUUUCCAGUGAAUCCUCAAUUCCUACCAUCUCCAGUGAACCAGUGAUUACCAGUAUUUCCAGUGAAUCCUCAAUUCCUACCAUCUCCAGUGAACCUGUGAUUCCCAGUAUCUCCAGCGACUCCUCAAUUCCUACCAUCUCCAGUGAACCAGUGAUUCCCAGUAUUUCCAGUGAAUCCUCAAUUCCUACCAUCUCCAGUGAACCUGUGAUUCCCAGUGUCUCCAGUGAUUCCUCAAUUCCUACCAUCUCCAGUGAACCUGCCAUUUCCAGUGUCUCCAGUAACCCUAUAGCUUCUGCUGACUCCACAGGAGACAUGCAGGAGCUACUUGUGUCUGCAUCUGGGUGUGGUGUUGUUGAAGGCCAGGCUUGUCAGUUUAGAGAGACACUUGCUGUGCAGAACGUGGGUUGCACCAAUCUUACUCUGGCCAGGCUGGGAAACACUGCCCAAGACAGCACUGAAUCUCCCGUCAGAGUUCUUGCUUCGGAUCGAAAAUAUUCGGAAUCCAUGGAGCUCAACGAGCAGAAGCUCUCUCAACAAAAAGGUCUCCCAACUCCUUCCCACAGGAAGUCUAAUGCCCUGCCCUCAAUUAUUAGUGGGUCACUCAACUCUGAAAGUGGACCCUGCUUAGGGCAAAGGAAGUUCCAGGGGAUUGAUGGGAAGCAGUGCGAGGGAAUUGGUAGAUCCCAGGACCUUCCCACUGCUGCACUUUCACACAACCAGAGAAGAGGCAAAUCCCUGGAAAGGACAAACAUUCGGCAUCAAAUGGAGAAUGAGGAGAGCAGCAGCGAUGAAGACAGACUCGUCAUUGAGACUGAAUAGACAUGAGGGCUGCUCAGGAUGUAUAUCGACAUUCAUGCUUGAUAUUAACAGGUUCUGUAAAGAUUGGUAGCUUGUAACUAACGGAAUAUUUGCCAGGCUGACUGUACCUCUGAAACUAAUGUAUUAUUGAACUAUUGCAUGUGAUCAUUUCACGUCGCAUCUUGUUGAGUGAGACUUUGUUUGUGUAGGUGGAGUGAAGGGAAUGUCAGUUUUUUCACACUUGUUGCUAGUGAUGCAAUAAAGAGUCGAUGUUUCUCCA